AUGUCGAUUGUUGCCAUCAAAAAUGCAGUCGUGAGGCUACUUACAAAAGACUCAAGCGAUGCUCCUCUUCUUACCAGCAAUGCUUCGCAGGCGCCGGAAAACGGUGGCUAUUCGAGUACUAGCGAUGAAGAACGUGGGAAACUUGAGGACAAACGUGAAGAACGCAAAGGUGGUAUUCUUGGCUCCUGGGAUCCAAGGAUCAUGAGCGACCUUAUUAUUGGACUGAGUGAUGGUCUAACGGUACCGUUUGCUCUUACGGCCGGCCUUUCCUCCCUCGGCGAUGCUAAGUUAGUUAUCACCGGUGGCUUUGCCGAAUUAGUCUCGGGUGCAAUUUCCAUGGGUCUAGGAGGAUAUUUAGGUGCCAAAAGUGAAUCAGAUUAUUACCGCGCUGAAAUGAAAAAGGAGAAACGCAAAUUUUACAAUAACAUGAUAUUGAUCAACCGUGAAAUUGAGGAUAUUUUGCUCGAAAUCAACCCUAAUUUUACGGACGAGACCAUCGUGUCCUUCAUUAAAGAUCUACAGAGGUCACCAGAACUAAUGGUCGAUUUCAUUAUUAGAUAUGGCCGCGGCCUGGACGAGCCUGCAGAUAAUCGUCAAUUGGUAAGCGCUUUAACUAUUGGAGGUGGUUACCUGGCAGGUGGGUUUGUACCCCUAAUCCCUUACUUCUUCGUCGAGCAAGUAGGUUCCGGUUUGAUCAUAUCUAUAAUACUGAUGUCGAUAACGCUUUUCUGGUUUGGUUAUGUUAAGGCUGCAAUCUCCAUGAGUGACAGCUGUUCAACAAGAAGAAAGGUUGGCGAAGGUUUGCAAAUGGUCGUUGUUGGGGGUAUGGCUGCAGGCGCUGCUUGGUUCAUGGUAAGAAUUAUAGAUCAAUGA